UAUUAAGAAGCCAACCACCUGAUCCAUACACAGCAUUCAGCCAUAGCUGCUAAUUCAUCUUCUUCUCAACAAUGUAUAACCUCACCAGAAGAAGAACAGCACUAUUGCUGUCUCUUUUCCUUGUAAACAUCAUCAUCACAAAAGCAACAGCAUCUGAUGAAAAAGAAGCACACAUCCAAGUAGCAGAGUCAGCAUGCGAAGGAACAUUCUACCGAGACCUCUGCGUCUCAACUGUCUCCACAUUCCCCGAUCUCGCAUCCAAAUCCCUCCCACAAACGAUAUGCUCUCUCCUCAACCACACCGUCGGCGAGGUCACUUCAUCUUCCUACAACUGCACCGGACUCAGGAAGGGUCUCCGAAACCUCAGCACCAUGGAGAAACGUGCCCUCGACGACUGCAUCGCCUUGUUCGACGACACCCGCACGGAGCUCGCCACCACCAUCUCCGAUCUCAACCAGACCACAAUACCCAGCAGGCGCCACCACGACUCGCAGACUCUUCUGAGUGCAGCCAUGACCAACUUGUACACGUGUCUCGAUGGCUUCGCUUACUGCAAGGGGAGUCACGUGAGGGAAAGGUACCUGCAGGACAAGUUGUUUCAGAUUUCUAAUCAUGUUAGUAACUCCCUCGCCAUGCUCAAGAAGGUUCCCGGAGUGAAGAAGCCUUCCAAAUCGGAGGUCUUCCCGGAAUAUGGGAAGAUGAAGGGACAUUUUCCCACCUGGAUUACUAACAAAGACCGCAAGCUGCUUCAAGCUUCUGUGAAUCAGACUAAGUUCAAUCUUGUUGUGGCCCAAGAUGGCACUGGAAACUUCAAAACUAUAGCGGACGCGCUGGCUGCUGCUCCCAACUCCAGCACAACCAGGUUUGUGAUACACAUAAAAGCUGGAGCGUAUUUUGAGAACGUGGAGGUGAUUAAGAAGAAGACGAAUUUGAUGCUGGUGGGUGACGGAAUCGGAAAAACCGUCGUGAAGGCCAGUAGGAAUGUCGUCGAUGGCUGGACCACUUUCCAGUCCGCUACUUUUGCUGUAGUAGGAGACGGAUUCAUAGCAAAAGGCAUAACCUUUGAGAACUCGGCGGGACCCAGCAAGCACCAGGCCGUGGCCGUAAGAAACGGUGCAGAUCUCUCAGUAUUCUACCAGUGCAGUUUCGUGGCAUACCAAGACACCCUGUACGUCCAUUCCCUACGCCAAUUCUACCGUGACUGCGACGUAUACGGCACCGUAGACUUCAUCUUCGGCAACGCCGCCGUCGUCUUCCAAAACUGCAACCUAUAUGCACGCAAGCCCGAUCCAAACCAAAAGAACCUCUUCACCGCACAGGGCAGAGAAGACCCCAACCAGAACACGGGAAUAUCAAUCUUGAACUGCAAGGUUACAGCCGCAUCGGAUCUAAUCCCGGUGAAGUCGUCGUUCAAGACUUACCUUGGUAGGCCAUGGAAGCUGUAUUCAAGAACGGUUUAUAUGAAAUCAUUCAUUGACGAUUUGGUUGACCCUGCGGGGUGGUUGGAGUGGAAUGGAACCUUUGCGUUGGACACGUUGUAUUAUGGUGAGUACCAAAAUAGGGGUCCUGGUUCGAACACAAGCGCUAGGGUUAAGUGGCCUGGUUAUAGAGUCAUUACUAACUCAACUGAGGCAAGUCAAUUCACGGUUAAGCAGUUUAUAUUGGGCGAUGAAUGGCUUAACUCCACCGGUGUUCCCUUUUUCACUGGUUUGAGUUGAAUUAUUGUUGAAGGGGAUAUAUUCUUCUUCUUCUUCUUCUUUAUUGCAAUGUUUUAAUAUGCAUUACUAUCGGCAAUGAGGAUUAAUUGUUCAUUGCUAACAUUAUGGUGAAAUGUCAUUUCAGUUGACUAAACCAAUAAAAAACAAAUUAAAGUGCCUGGAUCA